UAUUAACUAAUUUAUUAAUUCAACUGAGUUCGACAAAUAAUACACACAAAUAGUCAUUGAAAUAAAUAAUGUCUUAUCGAGAUAUUAGAAACUUUUACGAGAUGCUAAGGGCUUUGGGGUAUCCCAACGUUUUAUCAAUGGAGAGUUUUCGUCAUCCCAAUUUUCCGCAAGUUGCUGACCUUGCUGUUUGGUUGGCUAAAAGAUUCGAUCCGGAAAUUGAAUUGCCUUUUGAUAUUGAAAACGAAGAAGGAAGGGUAACACUAAUAAAAAAUGUGGCAAACUUUAUGGUUACAAAGGCGAACAUUAAGUUAAACACGAAGAGACUUUACCAAGCUGAUGGCUAUGCCGUCAAAGAAUUAUUGAAGGUGGCGAGCCUUUUGUACGAGGCAUUACAAGUAACCACUUUAGACGGGAAGGAUGGCGGCACAGAACGAAGUUCGAUAUCGUUCAAGGACUUUGACAUUUCCGACAGAGCUCAUGAAGUGAAACAAGCGAGACAACUAGCAAGUGAAAUAACUGCUAGUGCUGCAAAUCUUUUCGAUCUUCUUGGAAAGGAAAGUGAUUUAAGGAUAGCACGUCAAAUUAGUAUGAAUCGCCAGUACGAACCUAGCGAGGUGGAAAACAGCAUAACAAAAGCAAUCGAAGCCGUUUCAGCAGAAAUCGACGAAACCCAACGGCAAAUUAAUAACAUCUCCACAACCGAAGCCAACCUAGAUUCGAAAAUCGAACGCAGAAAAGUAGAAAUUGAUCGUUACGAAAAGCGAUUACAAACUCUCAACAAAGUUAGACCGGCAUUCCUGGAAGAGUUCAAUGCUCUGGAAACAGAGCUCGAACAAUUGUUCGUGCAAUAUUCAUCUAGAAUUCGUUGUUUGAAUUAUUUGGAAAAAUUGACAAUUGAUGCCGAAAGAGUGAAAGCUGCACGACAGGAGUUGGCAGCAACUGAAAAAAUGACAGAGAAAAUGCCUUUAGACAUAAUACAUUCAAACGAUUUACUGGAUGUCGACGAUGAACUGACAGAACCAGAACCUGAAGAAGAAGAAGACGAGGAACAACAACCAGAAAUAAAACACGAAAGGCCAAGGGCCGGAACAGGAUUUCGAUCCAAAGAACAGAAAAAUGAAAUUUUGGGAAUGAUCGAUUCGGAAACAGAUUCCGACGAGCUUCUUCUCGACGGUGACGAUUCCGAAUUGCCUGCUAGCGACGACGACACACUCGCCUUUGAAUUAUCUCCUGUUGAAAGGAGACCGCCACCUCCUUCAGGAAGGAAAACCGGCGUUCCUGUCGUCCAUAAUAGUAGCGAUGAUGAUUUUUAA